AUGAGCAACCUCGUUCCGCCCGAGGAGGACGAGAAGUCGUGGGCCUACCUUAAGAAUGCCAUGGGUGUCUUUUCUGAGCUCAUCAUGAGGAACAACGAUCUUCUGAGUGUGCAGGCCUUGCUUGGCAUGGCGGCCUUCAUGCAAGGGACCCCCAACCCCCAGCCCUCGACCCUUUUGAUCGCCACCGCUAUUCGAUUGUCCCACAGCAUCGGCCUGCACAAGAAGGGCACUGGCUUCAAUCUCAACCCCAUUGAGAUCGAGCAGCGAAAGCGAGUCUUCUGGAUCUCUGAGGAUCCUGAGGAUGGCAUUGGCAACAUCCCCCUUGCUGAUGGCAAGGGCAAGCUGAAUCUGUUCAGGGUCAUGUGCGAAUUCGCCUGCAUCGAGAGCCGCGUCUACAAGCGACUUUAUUCGACCAAGGCCACGCGGCAAUCUGCUGGCGAACUUCUCAACACCAUUGGCGAGCUGGACAAGGAGCUCGAGGACUGGAAGGACAAGAUCCCCAUUGAUUUCAGACCCGAGCAUGAGAUCAAGGCAUCUCACACGCCCUUGAUCCUGCAUGUCGUCAUGCUCCACUUCGCCUAUUACAACUGCCUGACCACCAUCCACCGCAUGUCCGUCCACCAUGGGUACUGGACGAGCCGUCUCUCGAAUUAUGCGAUCCAAGGGCUCAACUCGAAGCCUCUCAACCCCAGAAUCUUUUCAUCGGCAGCGCUCUGCACCGCUUCCGCCCGCGCCUCCAUCUCGCUACUCAAGUAUAUCCCGCAGGGUGACUUCUCCUGUGUUUGGCUUAUCCUCUAUUUCCCAGUGUCGGCUCUCAUGACUCUAUUUGGAAAUAUUCUCCAGAACCCGCUGGACCCGAGGGCCAAGUCUGACACGAAGCUGCUCAACCUUGUUGUCAACUUCUUAUCUAUGCUUGGGCAAGAGGCAGAGACCGGUGGUGUGCAUCGUAUGUUGGGAGUUUGCUCCGAGUUCGAACGCAUCGCCAAGAAGGUGAUUGAGAAGGCGGAGAAGGACCAGGCGUCUCGUCGCAAACGCAAGAGCCACGAACCCAGCUCGGCAUCGGCGGCGGGUACUCCGACGCCGUCCGCGGCAGCGCAAACACCCCGGCCGAGCGCAGCCACUCCCACAACUCAUGGAACCCCGAUGACGUCGAGCCAUGGCGGCCACAGGUCGCCGCCACCGACGGGCGACAUACCGGAUAGAAGAGGGGCCAGGAACCUCGCACCCAUGAAGCCAUCGAUGGCGAACGAACCCUCUCCCGCUCUCCCCUCCGCCGGUUGGCCCCAAGAGUUUAACCUACCCGACGGCGACUUCAACUUCAACGACUUUACUGGUUUCCCUCCCCUGGCCUUCAAUCACCGCACAUGGCAAUGGCAUUGGGAGUUUGCCGAGAUGAGCGGCGGUGCGUAUCCUACGGUGGAAAACGGAAAUUUCGGUACUGGUCCCGGGCCGAUCGGGUGCCUCGGCGGCGAGCUUGCAUUGCCGGACGAGGUGUUUUUCCACCGCUCCUCCUACGCCGCCUCCGACACCGCCCCCGAGGAUGGAAAGAAACCGGAAGAGAAGGGCAAGAACGAGGAGAAGAAGGAUCUGAACGGGCAGGAUAAGAAGGCGACCGAGACCCAGCAGCAGCAGCAGCAACAGCAACAACAACCACAAGAAGAGAAUGCGGCGGAAGAAGGGAAGUCGAACGCGACAGAAACACCAAAGGCGGAAGGAGAGGAGGAAGCGCCUGUCCGAGAACUCCCGGAGGGCUGGGUGAGGCUCACGGAGGAGGACAAGGAGGCGCUCUUCAAAGCCAUGGAGAACUUGCCGACGGGACAGAGCAGCUUCUUCAAGACCCUCAUUGCGGACCUGGAGAAGUAUGGCGCGCCCAAGGAGCUGAUGGAAAUGAUUCGAUCGCCUAAGCGCAAAACGCCAACGGUUAAGGAGAUGAUCAAGUUUACGCGCAUUGUGCACAAGACGGCCAUCAAGAUUAUGGAAAUGCAGGCGAAAGAGGAGGAAGAAAAGAUCAACGGCCCCAACGCGCAACAGCAAAGCGGCGACAAGCAAAAGUCCAAGGAGGACAAGGAAGGCUCGGAGGGGCAAGGCGCAGGCUUCUCGAAGAAAAUCGGGCCCUUCUCGAUCAACGACUAUAUCCUGAUGGCGGUCACUUGGUUCAUCCUAUCGCCUUUUAUCGACAGAUUCUUGUUUGGCGAGAGCAAGGAGAUUACGUGGCAGGAGUUGCAGCGCAUGUUCCUAGACAAGGGCCUGGUUGAGCGCUUCGUGGUGUACGAGGGCCGCGUCGAGGUCCAGCUGAACCGAGAUGCGGUGAGGUCGGUCUACCAGGGAUCGCAGUCUGUCGACCCCAAUGUCCAGUACUUCUUCACCAUUGGGUCUGUUGAUUCCUUCGAGAAGCGCCUGGAUAGUGCGCAGGACGACUUGGGCAUCCCUACUUCUGAGCGCAUUCCCGUCAAGUACGGCCGACAGAGCCCUUGGCUGAACCUCCUCGUCGCCUUUGGGCCUACUGUCCUUUUGGUUGGUCUUCUCAUGUACUCGACAAGGCAGAUGGGUGGCCGCGCGGGCAACCAGAUGUUUGGUUUCGGCAAGAGCAAGGCGAAGCAGUUCAACCACGAGACGGCGAUCAAGGUCAAGUUCACGGAUGUGGCGGGUAUGGACGAGGCCAAGGUCGAAAUCAUGGAGUUUGUCAGCUUCCUCAAGAGCCCAGAGAAGUUCCGAAGGCUGGGAGCCAAGAUUCCGCGCGGUGCCAUCCUGGCCGGCCCCCGGUACGGCGUGAGCGGCUCCGAAUUUGUGGAGAUGUUUGUCGGCGUGGGACCAUCGCGCGUGCGAGAUUUAUUCGCGACGGCGCGCAAGAAUGCACCUUGCAUCAUCUUUAUCGACGAGAUCGACGCCAUCGGGCGAGCGCGCACAGACUCUCGCAUGGGUGGAGGUGGCAACGACGAGCGGGAGGCGACGCUAAACCAGAUCCUCACGGAGAUGGACGGAUUCAACACGGCAGACCAGGUGGUGGUGCUUGCUGGCACGAACCGAGCGGAUAUCCUGGAUAAGGCGCUCAUGAGGCCGGGGCGAUUCGACAGGCACAUCUUCAUCGACCGGCCGACGCAAAAGGGUCGCGAGGCCAUUUUCCAGGUGCACCUGCAGAAGAUUGUCACGCAGGAGGACAAGGAGCAUCUCACGGGCCGGUUGGCGACACUCACUCCCGGCUUCUCGGGUGCCGAUAUCGCCCACGUCGUCAACGAGGCUGCACUUAUUGCUGCGAGGGCAAAUGCGGACUCGGUGACUCUUCUGCACUUUGAACAGGCCAUUGAGCGACACAUUGGUGGCUUGGAGAGGAAGUCGUUGGUGCUUCGACCGGAGGAGAAGAAGACGGUUGCGUACCACGAGGCGGGUCACGCCAUUUGCGGAUGGUUCCUCAAGGAUGCGGACCCGUUGCUCAAGGUUUCCAUCAUUCCCCGAGGACAGGGUGCAUUGGGCUAUGCGCAGUAUCUUCCUCAGGACGCGUAUCUCAUGUCGGUUCACCAGCUGAUGGACCGCAUGGCGAUGACGCUCGGAGGACGAGUUUCAGAGGAGAUUCAUUUCCCGACCGUGACUACGGGCGCGAGCGAUGAUUUCAAGAAGGUGACGGCGAUGGCAACGCGGAUGGUGACGCAGUGGGGCAUGUCGGACAAGGUGGGACCGAUCCACUUUGAGAACGAAGGCCAGCAGCUGCAGAAGCCGUUUGCAGAGGAGACGGGCAAGCAGAUCGACGCCGAGGUCAAGAGGAUCGUGAGUGAGGCGUACAAGAUGUCCAAGGACCUGUUGGUGUCGAGGAAGAAGGAGGUUGGACUGGUGGCGGAGGAGUUGCUGAAGAAGGAGGUGCUCACGCGAGACGACCUGGUGCGCUUGUUGGGCCCGCGACCAUUCGCGGACAACCACCAGGACUUUGAGAAGUACUUUGGUGGCAAGCCCGGCGAGGUAUCGCCGCCCUUCCCUGCGGAGGAAACGGACACACCCCCGCUCCUUCGGCUUUUGAGAAGAACGACUCCUCUCGGUUAUAGAAAGUGCGAUUUCAUGACGAGCCUUACCAACCCGCACAUCAUCGACGGCAUAAGGCGCCAUGGCGUCUACGGGGUACAGAGGCAGGCGAUGGAGAUUUCUAAGCUUCACUUCACCCAGACACACACACAUACAUUGGAGCCGGCUACUACAAACGAAUAG